UGAUCGGUGUGUCUGCAAUGUUUGGAAUGACAGAUAGCAAUGAUUGUUAUUAAUCUGAAUUUUUAAAAAUAAUUUUGAUGACUUCAUUGUAUUUCACUUUAUAAUAAGUGAAUUGAAAGUUUUAUUUUUAUUUCAUCAUUUAAAAAGGAUUUUUAAAAAUGCCUGGAUUGGAAAAAAUACAUCUUGAAGAUGCUUUGGAAGAUAACCCUCAGACACGUUCAAUGGUUGCACUUUUUGAACAAGAUGCUGGACUGCUUAAAGAUUACAUCAUAGUGUUAAGAUCUCAUUGUGAAAAAGUUUUAAAUGCUCAGAAGGAGCUUGCAAAUGCCACCUCAAAUCUAUCUCAGCAUUUAAGAGCUUAUGAAAAUCAACCCUUUCCACUUGAUACAGAUCCAGAUAGUGUUCUUAAAACAACCCUUCGAGAAUUUGCUUCUACUUUAGAUGAGGUUAGUUCUAUACAACAAGUUUGUGCAGCACAAUUGGGAGAUGGGAUGUUAUAUCCAUUAAAUCGUUUCAUUGAAGCAGAUCUCUCAGAUAUAUUUACUAUGAUGGAAAUGUUUGCAUCUGCAUCAAAUGAAAUGGAACAGGCUGUGACUAAAUUUUGCAAAUGCUCUAAAAAAAGAGAUAGUGAAAAAGUUAAACAAGAUAUUAAUGAAGAAGUUUAUAUGGCUACAAAAAAAUAUCAUCAGACUGCAUUACAUUACUAUGCUAAUAUGAAUGCUCUCCAAUAUAAACGUAAAAUAGCUCUCCUUGAACCUAUAAUUGGAUACCUUCAUGCUCUCAGAUCAACAUUUUCAGUUGGGCAAGAAACACUGAAUACGACUGAGUUGGAAACUUUUCUAAACAAUAUAGACUCCAGUGUGAAAGGUGUGCAAACUGAGCUUGGGCUUGAGACUCAAAAAACUGUGGAAUUGAUUGAUACCAUUGAACAACAAAGUCAACACUUAUAUUAUGCGGAACCUCCAGUUGAUAUGCCAUAUAUUCCUCCAAACACAAGACUUUCACAAAAAAGUGGAUAUUUGUUUCACAAAACAAAAUUUGCUGGCAUGGUAACUAAAUGGGAGCAUGUGUUUGUUUAUACACUGGGAAGCAAAUUGAUGAGCAUAGCAAAGGGUGAAGUUGCUGGAAGUGUCAUAAUGGAGCUUGAUAAAAAUGUUUCUGUUAAUGCUCUUGAGAAUGAAGAUCGUCGUAAUGUCUUUCAAGUUUCAAAUGGUAAAAAAACUGUCGUAUUGCAAGCUAUAAAUGGAAGAGAACGAGAUGAAUGGAUUGCAGCAGUUCAUAACAUAGCUAAAGAAGUCUUUGCAAAUAAAUCUUUAGCAAGACAAUGUUCAAAAGAUAAAACAUCUAGGCAAAACACAGUUGAAAAAUCACAAUCAGUUUCCAGUGAGACUUCCAGUAUAGAAGGAGAUAAAGGGAAUCACUCCACUCCACCAUCUACACCGAUGGAAAACCUUCUGUUAGAAACUCCUAUACAGUUUGAUUUGUUUUCACCAGCAGAGGACAGGGAAAGAUCAAAAUCCAUGGAUCCACCGCAAGUUUCAACUCCACCUGAUGAAAAGUCGAUCCUUUCUGAUGAUUCAGGGCAAGAUACUUUAACAUCCACACCUUUUUGGGAAGUUUUUUCUGUUAGGUUUUUAGGAUCCAUGCAAGUGCAGAAAGACAGAGGAGAUUAUCUUGUUUUUCAAACAAUUCGUCACAUCAUGGCUGCUAGAGCUAUUCACAAUAUUUUCAAAACAAAUGAAUCUCAUCUGGUUAUAACUCACAGAACAUUAAAAAUAUUAGACCCAUCUCAUCAAGCUAUUCGAGCACUUUUUCCACUUGAAGAUGUGUCAUUUUGGACUACACACAAAGAAAAUGACAGGUUGCUUGGAUUUAUAACAAGAACUAAGAGUGAUUCUGAAAGCAAACCUUCAUUUCAUUGUCAUGUAUUUGAAGCUCAACCAUCAGCAGAUGAGAUUUGCUCUGCUCUUUCAAAGGCUGCUAAUAUUGCUUUGACUGUUCUUUUAGAAAAGACCCUUAAUUCUAACGAAGAUCAAAUUCAAGACAAUGCAACUGUGGAAAAUACUGAUCUCCAGCAAUCAGAAGAUACAACUCCAGGUCCUUUGAUGGAAAAAAUGCAAAGUUCUGAUAACACUGUUAUCCCUGAAGCAGAAGAUACUAAAUAACUUUGGUAUUUGAUUUGAUUUUAUGAAUGAAAAUGUUAUGUGGUAAAAUACUGAAAAUAUGCAUGUGCCAUAAAAAUGCAUGUGAAUGUGUGUUCAGUUUUUAUAAAAAUGUCAUUCAUCUCAAUGUAAUUUAAUCAGAUUUUUUUGUUUGAAUAAUCGUUUCUUAAUCUAAAUUUUGCUGUUGUAAAUUUUUGAAAUUGGGAAAUUUUAUUAAUAAGAAGUCAGUGAUUGAUUUUAUUUAUAAUGAAUCCCAAACCAUAUACAUAUUAUGAAAACGAAUUCAUUCAAAGAAAGUAUUUGAUAAAAAUUUCUCUUUGUGGAUAAAAAAUAUAUGAUUUGUGUUUUUUUCUUGAGAAUUUAUUUCUCAGCCAUGAACUUAAUGUCAUGAGAGAAAAAGCAUCUCUGUUCUUAUGUCCUUUGAAUUUAACAUUUAAUUUAAGUCUAUGUAUGUUUAAAAUAUAUUAUUGUCUACGUGGAUUAGUAUUGAGUGAUAAGAUUUAGAUUCUUAUACAAACUACAUAUAAUGCUGGAGGUUGCUGCUAAUGAUUUUUUAAUUCAGGCUUUUUUUUAUAUGCCAUCUUAUUUUUCUCUGAAAAAUCUAACCAUCUCAUGAAUAAAUACAUAAUGUGUAUUUACAGUUGUUGGCUUUGCUGUAUUUUAUUGCUAUUCAUUAUAAAAGCAUUAAAGGUUUUGGAUGAUUUUUGACUUGUAAAAUUUGAAAAUUUUAUAAAUAUCUCUAUAAUUUUUGCAGAUUAACUUUGGUCCUUUAUUCUUUUAAAAAUCAUAUAUGAUAUUUUAAUUUAAUACCAUACGUUAUUACUGAGUAAGAAGUAUAAAUCAUAAAAUGAAAUUCAAUAAAUUUCUUUUAAAUUUUGAAUUGAAAUUAAAUUUUAUAAGUCUUUGUAGGUUGUGUGUUGUACAAUAAACUGCAAUUCAUUCUGUACUUAAUGUUCAACCAUGAAAAAAAUCUUACCACCUUGUUCUGUUAAUUUAAUGCCAUUAUGAGAUUAACAGCUCUUUUGAAAUUGUGUAAUUUCAACUUUGCAUCAACAGCAAUUUUCUUAUGCUAAAACUAGAUGCAUGAUCUUCAUUCAACUGAAAAAACAUUUGUUUAUUAAUUUUUUACUUAAUAUAGGAUAUAACUAUUUUGUUUUGUAGUUUUCAUUUUCUUUUACAUUUAGAAUAACUAGUCUUAUAAUUUUAUUAUCAUUUUUAUUUCUUCUUAAUUCUAAUGUGUAGUAAUUUUUCAUUAUUAGCUUCAUUUUCAUUUUUAGUUUUCAUUUUCUUUUAUAUUUGGAAUAACUAGUCUUAUAAUUUUAUUAUCUUUUUCAUUUCUUCUUAAUUCGAAUAUGUAGUAUAUUUUUCAUUGUUAGUUUACAUACCAUAAUUUGCAAACUCAGUGAAGAUAUAAUUGUGUUCAAAACUGUAUUUCAUACAUAAAAUAUUGACUAAAAUAUUAAAUAUUUAUUGCUUGCAUCAAUAAACGAAGAGAAAAAAAUAACAUUUCUCAGUUUAUUUAUUUCUUUUUACUUAUUUGAAUGAUAUUGUAUCAUUGAAGAAUUGUGAUCAAUGUAUACAGUCAGACUCUGUUAAACCAUCGCUUUAUUUUAGCCAUUAAAAUUUGCAAAUGAAUGGAAUGAGAGUAAUGAUAUUAAACUCCAGUGGAUUUUAGUAAAGUUGUUGAACUAUUUUUUUUUUUUUUUUUCAGCUUUCUUACUCUUUUUCUGAAAGAAUAAUUUGCGAACACCGUGUAUAAAUAAAGCUUUUCAUUUUGAAUCAAAAUAACAAUUUUAUUUUAGCAAAAUCUUAUUAUUCUAUUUAAAAACAGUGUUAUAAAGAAAAUUUGCUGUAUGAGAAUUUGUAAAUUAAGUUAUAAAACUGAGGAGAGAAAAAAUUGACUGAAAUUUCCAGUACACUUUAUUGACUUGAACACUUGCACUAAAAUAUUAAGAAAUCUUGUCAUCCUGUUUUGUAUAGUUUUAUUAUAAAGAAUAUGUUUUUCACAAUUCCCUAAAGAUUCAUUUUUGUUCUUUUUCUGUGAUUUUUGGAGGGGGGGGGGGUUAUAUUUUUGUUUUAUCGCAUACCAAAUACUGUUAGCAUUUCCUCUUACAAUGUUUUUUCAAUAAUCUCUUCAUUAUCAUCUUCAUCAUUCAUUGUCAUAUUUUUGUUAUUUUAUUACUAUACAUAACAAUUUGUAAUAUGUAAAAAAUUUGUGCAGAAUACACUUUGGCUGUGAUGAUGAUGUCGCCAAAUGGCAAAAAGUUUUCAAAGCUGUUGUCCUCAAAUAUGAAUCUCUCAUUUGUUUGAGAUAUGCCUGUUUUUUUCUGUUAUGUCUGAUAUUCAUCUUGGUCAUUCAAAACUUUUAAAACUGGUUUAAAAAAACAGUUCUUUAUGGUAGAUGUGUUUACAUCACUUUGUCACGCUUUAAUCUUCUCUGAUUUUAUGAUUUUUAAAUUAAUUCAAUUGUCUAUAUGCUAGUUGCUCAUUGAGACAAGAUUAUUCAUUAUAGAGCUAUUUUCCGAUAAUAUAGUUUAAAUUUUUUUGUCAUUUCUUGAUCCAGUCUUCAAAGUUUUGUUCCAUUGGCCAUGGUGAGGGGAGGGGGUUCACAUUCUUCGAUUUGCAUUCUGAACAUAGUCUGGUGGAUGUACAGGCCACUUGUCUAGAAGUUAUGCAAUUUUAUUACAUUCUUUUUUUUUCCUAAUUUCUUAGCUAAGAAUCUAUUAAGCAUGUAUGACUGUGUCCAUCUCUGAGAAGUUUGUGGCUUUUGUCAUUUUCCAGUUACUAAUUAUUUUCAUUUUUGUGGUUUUUGCACAAAAUUAAACAGUUAUUUUGUGUUUGCUGCUUUUCUCUCCAGAAUUUUUAAUCUUUAAAUGUUGAAGCUUUAUUUAGUAGACAUUUAUAAACAUUCCUAUUUCGCCUGCAUUAGAUAUUUUUUGAACCACAUUUAUUCAUAAGUUUUAUGGCUCUUUUUUUUUUCUCCCAGAAAUAUUUGUGUUUUUUCCACAUAUGGUUUUAUAUGAUGUUUCAUUUUUCUUUUAAAAUGUAUCUAGACAUCAAAAUCUAGCUUGGAAGUUAGAAUGUCUCAUUUAGAUCCUUAGCUAAAGCUUUUUGUUGUAUUACUGGACAGAGAUUCGUUUUUAUAUCAAAUCUUUUAAUUUUUAAGCAGUAUCAAUCUCUCCUUAUUAACAUUAAUAAAAAAAAAAUUUAAAAUAUUUCUUUGGCACUCUGGUUGUUUUGGGGCUGAAUGAUUAUUGGAGUAGCUAUAAUUGUCCAUGCACUAUUCUCUGCUAUAUAUUUUGCUGAAAUUCAACAGAUAAGAAAAUUGGCAAUGUUACUAAAAAAAGUUUGAAACAUUUUGUGAGGUAGAAAUUAUUUUUCACUAUAUGAAGAAUAACAAACAUGUAAAUGCUGUUUAGUAUCAACAUUGUGAAGUAAAUUCCAUUAAAUAGAGCUUUAAAUUAUAUUAUAAGUCAUUAUAUUAUUAUAAAUUUUAGUAUGCGUGGAAAUUAUUUUAUUAACAAAUUUAUUAAGUAAAAAUGAUUUUAUUAAAUAGUUAACAUGCUUGUUUUAGAUCUAAAAUUAUAACACAGUCUCAUUUCCCACUUUUUUUAUCAGAAAUAUCAUUAAAUGUUUCAUCAUUCUAGUUAUUCACCUUUGAUAAGAACUCCAUUAAUACGACCUUGACCUUGUUCUGCUGAAAAAUUUCAUUAUUUUUCCCAAAUAGAUUAAAACUUUUAUAUUCUAUAUGUUUUCACUUCCCAUGAAUGCACAUAAAUUAUUCUUCUGUGUGACAACUGUUAGAAAAUAUCAACAAAAUAAUGAUUUUGAGUUACAAGUAAGUGAAAAGCUAAUAUAAUUAUUUAAAUACAGUCUCCAAUUCAAUUAUGUAUAUCAAGAUAUUAUGUAUUCUAGAUAUUAUAGAAUUAUGUAAAUAUGUAUAUCAAUUUUUAUGAUUUUGAAUUACACUCAGUAUUUUAAAUGGGGCCAUAUUAUCAAAUAGCUUAUUUGAUAAAAAGACCAAAAUAUUGUUUCAAUUUCAGAACAUUCAUUUGGGGAUUUUUUUCAUGUUUCAAAUUUGCUUUCUGAUCCAUAUAAUCCUAUCAGGCCCCCUCCCUCCUUCCCGCUCUUAUCUAGUGGCCAACUCCCAAAUCAAAAGUCCCUACAAGUUUAGUAUUAGGUUGAAUUAUUUUGCUUGGAUUAAACAAACUUGUAUUUUUUUAUAUGCAAGAUACUUUAACACACUAUCGUAAAUGUAAUCUAUUAUUGAAUGUUUCAUUAUAUCAAUUUGUGACAAUAUUUGCAAUUUAAAGAUUGAUUAUACAGAGAUUAAAUUGAAAUAAAUAAAAAUUGCCCUGUUUUCGAUAUUGGGGAAUAGAAAAAAGUCCUUAUUGUGCUUAAUCAAGCUAUGGCAACAAUAUAUUAUUAAGCUCAUAAAUCGAGAAAUCUAUGUGUUUAUGAAUUUAAAUAUAUUUAUAGUAUAACAAAAAUUACUCAAUUCAAAGAUUUCUUAUUUACUAGAUGAAUGUUUGUUUGUUUUGUGAUCGUGUUCCAGUUGGAAAAAAAAAUUUCCUUUUAAGAGGAGUUCAGUAAACACUUUGCUUUGUCUUACCCUUUCUUUUACUUCCAAAAUGUACAGAUCAAACCGAAUUCUACCUUAUGUAAACAGUUAUCCCAAUAAUUGUGAUAGUAUUUUAAGAAUCUUGAAUACUGAUGAGUUACCAGGGUCUGACUGUACUCUGAAACUCCUUGAAGAAGGGAAGAAAAAAGUACUGUAAAAAGAAUUUUCUAUUUCAAUAGGCAAGGAAGUCUGAAUGAAAUGGUUUAUUCUAUGAAUUGAAUGAGGUAAAAAAUUAUACAUAUCUUAUUUUUAGUUGUUGUUUUUUUCUCUCCCCACAAAUUCUAAUUGUGACUUAAUAAAUAAAUCUAAGUCAGAUUUUCCUCUUGUGGUGUACCAAUUAUUUUCUAUUCAACUUAAAUAUAUAUUUGUUUUUAAGACGUAUUAAUAUCCAAGAUGUAGUUAACUAGUCUUCUGAAAAGUAUUUAAUUUUGUCUUUAUUAUUACCUUAAGUGUUUUAAUGCUUUUAAAUGUUUGUAAUGUAAUCUUGAACAUUUAAGAAUCACUAUCUAAAUGUUUUGGACAUUCAUUUAUAUUCAGCUUAUUUUAUGGUGGUCUAGCGCAUAUAGAUGUAUGUUUGUGAAAGUGCCAAUAAAUGUUUAUUGAUAUUUCAACUUGGUCUAAUUUGCAUUAAUGUGACCUUUUAAUAUUUCAUGCAUUUGAAGAAAAUGGUGCAUUACUUAUUAACUUCUUGAUUUAAAGAAAUCAAGAAGUUAAUAAGUAAUGCAUACAGCUUUGAAUUAACUUUUAAUUUAUCAUUCAAUAAAUAUUGCAAAAAAAGUGUUUUUUAAAUGAAGCAUUUUCUAGUAUUUUAUAAAAUAUGAUGGCAUAUGUCCAUUUUCUCUGGUACAUUUUCUAUCAAAUUUUGUGAAUAUGAAUAACGAAUUUCGAAAUAAUAUUACACCCAUAAUUUUUUUUUCUUUUACAGAUAUAAUCCAUUUUAUGGAUGUAAAAUACUCUUAAAUGAAGUGAAAAAAGUAAUAAAAUUUGUCUAAUCUAAAAUUUUGAAUGUAAAAUUGUAUAAUCUAGUUGCAGAGUUACAUAAAUUCAUUUAUAUCAUUUCUUUUCACUGGCUAAUAUUUUUUUUAUCAAAAUAUAAAUUUGCUAAUAAUUUUUUACUGCAAAAUUUUAUGUAUGUAUAAUGUAGCAAUUACACGUUUUUAGUUUGUACUAUAGUAGAGAAACGAAAAGAGUAUUUUUAGUACUUAUUAACAUUUUACAAGUGCGUCUACUUAGAACUAAAGAUUUAAAAAAAAAAAACUCUGCACAAAAUUAUAUAUUAUCUUCCUACUCCGAAGUUGUCUGCUGUGAAUUAGACUUGCUUAUAAUAUAAGUGGUUGUAAUUUUUCUAACAUGCAUUGAAAAGCUGCUCAACUAAAUGUUUUGCCUGUGAAUUCAAAGUACUGUUCUUGUACUUUUUUUUUUUUACAUUGUAUCUGAAAGAUAUUACUUUUAGAGUGUGAUUUUUUUUUUACUUGUAAUGAUUUAGUUUCAUUUGUAUUCUGAGAAACUGGUUGUGUGUAAUGUGUACUAGUUGUCUUUUUUGUAAUCAUUGUAAAUAAUGUAUUUAAAGGUAUAUGCUACCUACUGUGACAUGAGAAAUUGUGAUGAUCCCAUUCAGUUACAACUUAUGAUUAGAAAUAGAUGUGAGCACAUGUUAUUUCAUAUUUUCACACUUUCAUCCUAUUUUGUACAGUUAAAAAGUUUAAUUGCCUUGUGAAAUAAAAGUAUA